AUGCCCGGCAAAGCGUGGAGCAAAGAGGAAGAGCGCGUCUUCUGGCGCUCCAUCGUCCCUAUUUCGGCGAAAGGGAUUGGCGGUGGCUCGGCCAGAUCUUGGGAAGAUUUGGCCGUCAUCAUGCAGCGGGAGAUGGGCCCCAAUGCCAAGCGUCAAUACACUCACCUCAGUCUUGUGGAGCAUUAUUUCCAGAAUCACGACAAGGAGCAUUUCUCGCCCUUUGCGGCUCCGUACGUACGCGAGAUGAAGGCUGCCAUGGCCGCGCUGAAGAAAAGUCAGUUGCAGGGUGAGGCGUCUGUUCCUUCUCAGGAUGCCCAGGCUCAGGACAGCUUCGACAAGCAUUCCGGCGAGACCACUGAUGAAGAGAACGAAACCAGCUUCUCUGAGGGAACCGACCACAACGACGGAGACUACGUUGAUGAUGGAUGUGACGACGACGGCGAGGGAGACGAUGAUGAUGUUGUCGAUGUUGACAACGAUCUUCGCGCCUUUGCUCGGGACCAGCAGAUUGAGACUGCCGCUCGCGCUGUUAAGCGUGCUGCGGGUCGACGACCUACUUUCUCGGCCCCCGCGACUGACAUGAGCCCCGGCUUGGUGCCCCAGCGCAACAUGUCGAAGGAGCGCUCGACGCUGCCCCCUCGCCCCCCCAAGACUGUCGCGCGGAACCGCGACUUCCGUGCUCACCCGUACGACAGUCCCAGACUUUCUCAGCGUGGCCGGCAGCCGCCCCAGGAACGCGCUCGAAUGGCGACCUCUCUCGAGACCCAUGGCUACUAUGACCAGGGCCCCAGAACCCAGGCGUACUACGGAGAGCAGCCCAUCCGCCAGCCUUUCUACGAUCAGGGUCCCAGAAUGCAGGAUCACUACGGACAGGAGUCUGGUAGCCACGGCUACUACGAUCAGGGCCCCAGAGCUCAAGCUUACGAUCAGAACUCUGGCAACCAGGGCCAGUACAACCAGGCGCGCGACUACUACGGCCAGACCACCAACCCCCAGGGAUUCGACAAUGACCCCAACUCCGAGACCUACUGGGAUCAGAGCGCCAGGAACCGUGACUACUACGAGCGGGAGUACGCCGCCCAAAGUCAGCAGUACAUCAACCAGUGUCAUGGUCGAAGUGACGACAACCAGGGCCACCAGGGCCAGACUUCUAGCAGCCGUGGUUACGAUCAGAGCCGCAGCGUCGAGGGCCCUUCUCAGAACCACGAGAACCGUGGAUACGACCAGAACCAGGGCACUCAGGGCUACCACGACCAGAACCGCAGCAUCGAGGUCUACCAAAACCAUGAGAACCGUGGAUACGGCCAGAACCAAGCCACUCAGGGCUAUCGCGACCAGAACCGUAACUUCCACAACCACGAGAACCGCGGCUACGAGCAGAACCACUCCACCCCGGGCUACUACAACCAGAACCGUAGCGUUCAAAGCUCCGACCAGUACCGUGGCUACGAUCAGAACCACGCCAACCAGAGCUACGAUCAGAGCCGCAACCAGCAGGCCCCCGGUGACCAGGUUUACCACGCGAACGCUGCGUACAACGCUGGUCAGCACCAGAGUGCUCCCUCUACGAGCUACGGCCACCAGCCUGCCAUGGGAUCUCACCAGUACGGCCAGGAUCCUCAGUACCCCCAGUCGCAGCAGUCGAGCAUGGGCUACUCUGGCUACCCUGUUGGAAAUCGACCCACCUCGGCGCGCGUUGAGCCUCAUGUUAUGCCUCGCUACUCAGAUCAUCAGGUCUCGAUGUCCUCUGGCCGCAGCUCGCCCCGCGCAGCACAGUGCCGCGCCGUCUCCGGCUACGUUGGCUAUCCCUCGACCAUUCCGGACUACAUCCAGCGCCCCUCGACUGCCAGCUCUGGUCACCAGCAGCUCUCUCGCCGUCCUUCUGCUCAUCAGCAGGUCAGCGAGGAUCAUCAUCGCCAAGGAGCUCAAAGCAACAAUCGCGAGGAGCCUCAGAAUGAGCAGUUGCAGCAAAGCUCUUCCUCUGCUCCUGUUCGUCAGCCUGCCAACGAGCACCACAGUCAGGGAGGCUACCAGGAGAAGGAAACGUUUCAAGCUCCAUCUUUCUCUUCGACCACUCGUCAGCAUGCCACCGAGGACUACAGCCACCAGGGAGCCUACAUGGACCGUCACGAGGAGCCCCAGAACGAGCAGAUCCAGCGUCCCUCUGCUUCUUCUGCCUCUCUCCCUCAGAAUCCUGCCGAGUACGCGCCCCAGAGCGGCUACAUGCAUGACCGUGGACAGAUCGAGGACGAGCGAUUCCCUCGUCCCUACGUCUCUCCCUACCCUCCUCGCCAGCACCUCUCCGAGCACAGCAACGAUCAGGGCGGCGGCCCGAAGAGUGCCCGUGUGCCUCAGUACGAGCCAGAGAUGUUCCAGGCCUUUGAGGCUGCCUCCUCUCAGCGCAAGGAGUGA